CCAACGCUGGCAGCACUGAUAAUUUGAAUAUUGAAUCGACCCAAGAUACCCCCCGAUCGAACUCUGCGCACACCAACCGACUGACGUCAAUCGAUGCGUACUGAAAGUCAGGUUCGCGUAUCGAACGUCAGAAUGAGGAGAUAGAUAUGCAAUAUUGCAAGUCAUCAAUGUUACAGUUGUGUAGGAUGAAAUUGGUUGAUUUAUAAUUACUAUUGAAUUUGCAAAGUUUAUUUGAAUUUGUACACCAGUUAUUAUCUAGGAUUAUUAGCUUCUUGCUCCGAGGUUAUCGUAACAGAAUUAAAACCAUCCGUGUAAAGGCGAGUGUAAAGGUCUAGGCUCGUGAGUGAAUUCGAUUCGUAGGCUGUAAGUUUCUUACCUAAAUCUACCGAUCUACCUAAACUAAGAAAAUUAAUUUUACUACUUGGUAGAUAUUCCUUCACUUCAGUUGAGGAAAGUUAGAACAUUGUUGGGAAAGAUAUUACUGAGGAGACUGGUUUGUAAGUUGAAAUGAAACUAGUAUGUCUGAGCGAAAUUAUUAAUAAAUAUCUCCCCCAGCUUAAAGAAUACAGCACCAAACAUCAAACGUGCGAUUCUCUUAAGAGCUCCGAAAGUCACCCAACAAAGCUUUAAGAAACCACUUCGAUCACCAGGAGUAAGGAUGCCUGAAACGGAUCGGUUCGACUGCAAACUAUGCCGGAGGUCGAACAACGUGGACGAUAUGGUCUUUUGCGCGGUGUGCCAGGAGUGGUAUCACUACCAGUGCGUGGGAGUGACAUCAGCGGUAGCCAACGAGAGCUGGAUGUGCGCACGCUGUUCGGCUUUGCCAUCGUCCACACGGAUCGGCGAGCUAUUUGGAAGCGAUCCUGUAUUUCCAGCUACUAUCAUCAACGUUCCAUCACCUAGGACCACCGAAUCACCGUCGGCAGUUGCUUCUACUUCCUCCGUGGUAUCGCACGGGACAAACCCUGGAUUACCGCUGGCCACAUCGGCGGCAUUCUCAACUGUAUCGUCGACUGCACCUCCUGGAUUGGUACCGCCCGCCGUCGCUGGGCCCUCCGGAUGGGUACCUGCAACGACGACUACAGCUAUUACGACUAACUAUGGACAAUCUUUGCUUACGGAACAGGCGCGAGCAAGCCUCCAAUGGGUUCAAGACCAUCGAGCAUUCCUGGAGCAACAAUUGGAAGAGAGUCAUAGGAAGGAACUGGAAAGGAAGAAGGCACUGCUGGGACAGCUCACAAAUAACGCGUUGCAAAGUGUCAUCUCCGGGGCGGCAUCGAACAGCUUCAACGAGCAGCCCGCCACGGUCGGCGGGGUCGACAAUGUCGGAGGCUGGCUGGGAAGGAUGAUCGGCGAGAUGGAAAAUUUGUCAGUCACAGCAGCGAGCGCGGGGCUACAGGUGACAGCACCCCUUGCGCCCGUACUCAACAGUUCCACACCGACGACUACAGGUUCUGCUAGCCAGUGUAUAUUCGAUCCGUCUCUAUCAUCACUGCUACUUGGAGUGCCUAGCAGUAUGCCGAGGGUUCCCGCAGGUUCAUUGUAUGAAGGUCAGUACACUACCAUGCCAUCUAUUCCUUUGUAUGGGUACUCGCCACCUGGAGCGGAUCACUCUCGACAAAUCAGUGCGUUCCCAACUAGCAAUCAAGCGUCUUUGAUGGGUUUAGGGAAUGCAAAUCUUACUAACGUGGUAACGGCCUGCCCGACGGUUCCAACAGCGUCGAUUCCGCAGGCACCGGUUUACGGUGGGUUGUCAGGGAGUACAAGUGUACCCAGAAUACAUCCGAAUCCUAUCGUAUCGCAAUCUCCCAUGGGCGGGUAUUAUCCAGUGAAUUCGCCACAAGCAAUCCCGUUACAGUACCCAAUGGUUCCAACGCAGCAACAGUUAUUGGCGAGACAAGUUAUGCCGAGAGAUCUCCCGCCGUUCCGGGGGGAUCCUGAGGAUUGGCCGCUGUUCUUCACCGCCUACACCAAUUCGACGGCCGCAUGUGGGUACACCAAUGUGGAAAACUUGGCUCGGCUUCAACGGGCGCUGCAAGGUAAAGCAUUCGAUGCAGUGAAAAGCCGUUUGCUUCUUCCGGCGUGCGUGCCACAAGUCAUGUCCACCCUGUACAUGUUGUACGGCAGGCCGGAACUGAUCAUCCAGACAUUAUUGGACAAAGUUCGCGAGACUCCUGCACCAAAGGCGGACAGGUUGGAAACGCUUAUCACCUUCGGCAUGGCGGUUCAAAACCUGUGUGACCAUAUUGAGGCAACUGGACAAAUGGCACAUCUAUGUAACCCAGUUCUACUGCGAGAACUGGUUGACAAGGUCCCCGCUCAGCAACGCUUAAACUGGGCGCUGUACAAACAACAGUUUGCUACGGCCGAUCUACGUACCUUCGCUGGAUUCAUGUCCAUGCUAGUGGCAGCAGCCUCGGACGUCACAGUCACUACAGAUUUCAAGCAGUCGCGACCGGAACGAGGAGAGCGUAGUAGGGACAAAAGCUUCCUCAACACUCACGCUGCCAGUGAGCCAACCACGAAUCAGAGUAGCCCAGAACAAGUGCCGAUGAAGUCAGAAGUUAGGGAGGUGCUGUGUUUGGCGUGUAACGGGCGUAACCACAAGGUGAAAGAUUGUGCGGCGUUCAAAGGAUGGGAUGUAGACAGCCGUUGGACUACCAUCCAAGAUCAUCACCUUUGUCGUACGUGCCUAGGGAAACACGGUCGGCGUCCUUGCAAGAUACAAGUUGUUUGCGGCGUAGAAGGCUGCCAGCAGCGACACCAUCGACUGUUGCACUCCAGCGUUCAGAAUCAUCGACCGCCGACCAAGGAUGGGCAGAAUACAGCGAAGCAAGGUAAUACUUCUGAAGAAGGGCUAAACGCGCACCAUGCUACCAAGAAGGCUACACUAUUUAGAAUUCUUCCUGUUACACUAACGUGGAAGGAUAAAUCAGUAGAAACGUUUGCGUUCUUGGACGACGGAUCCGACAUGACUCUGGUCGAGCAAUCGAUCGCGGAACGAUUAGGCAUCGAUGACGGCGAACCUCUUCCCCUUUGCUUAACUUGGACCAGCAACGUGACUCGACAGGAACCGAAGUCGCAACGGAUUCAUCUGGAGAUAUCCGGAAAAGGCAAAUACGAACGGUUCAACCUAAAGGACGCAAGAACGGUUUCUAGCCUUAACCUACCGAAGCAGACUCUAAAGUACGGGGAGUUGGCACGGCAAUAUUCUCACCUUCGCGGUCUACCGGUCACCAGCUAUAAGGCAGCAACGCCGGGCAUCCUAAUCGGUUCAAAUAAUGCCAGCCUGACUGCAACGUUGAAUUUGCGCGAGGGUCAACUAGGCGAUCCUCUGGCCAGCAAGACUCGGCUCGGUUGGUCGGUAUAUGGCUAUACUGCCGAAGGAGAGAGAGUGACGAACUUCAUGCUGCACGUGUGCGAGUGUCGACGAGAAUACCAAGUGGACCAAGACCUUCAUGAACUCGUCAAGCAACAUUUCACGGUUGAAAGCAUCGGAGUUUCGGCUGACAAGGGCCCAGAAUCGGAGGAGGAUAAGCGUGCCCGUCGGAUCCUAGAGGAGACAACGAAGCGCAUUUCAAAUCGGUUUGAGACUGGCCUAUUAUGGCGCCAUGACCAUGUGGAAUUUCCAAACAGUUUUCCCAUGGCAAUGCGGCGUCUACAAUGCUUCGAGCGAAGAAUGAAGAAGGAUCACGAGCUACAGGCAAGCGUACAGCUGCAGAUUAGUGAGUAUCUGGAUAACGACUAUAUCCACGAGGUAACGAAGAAAGAAAUGGAAUCCACAGACCCCAAGAAGGUUUGGUACUUACCAUUGGGUGCCGUGAGGAACCCGAAGAAGCCGGGCAAAAUUCGGCUCGUUUGGGACGCGGCGGCGAAAGUAGGGGGAGUUUCUUUCAACUCCAUGCUCCUCAAGGGACCAGAUCUGCUGACCCCUCUUGCUUCGGUGCUGUGCAAAUUUCGAGAACGGCCGGUAGCUGUUUGUGGGGACCUGAAACAGAUGUUUCACCAAUUCAGAAUACGCCAGGAAGAUGCGCACAGUCAACGGUUCCUCUACAGAGAGCAUCCUUCGCAAUCGGUCAGGAUGUUUGUGAUGGACGUCGGUACCUUUGGAGCCACAUGCUCUCCUUGCCAGGCCCAGUUCAUCAAAAACCGUAACGCAGAGGAAAAUGAAGAAGAAUUUCCGGAGGCAGCGGAAGCAAUUAAGAAGAAGCACUAUGUCGAUGAUUACCUCGACAGUUUCGACACUGAAAAGGAGGCGAUCAAGGUCGCGCUGGAAGUGACGGAAGUGCAUGCUCGUGGAGGUUUCUGCAUCCGGAACUGGCACUCUAAUUCGGACGCUCUUCUAAAACGGGUCGGGGAACCCAGUGCAGGACAACCAAAGGCUAUCAGCAUCGAUUCAGAAAGCGGAGCCGAACGAGUUUUGGGCCUCUUAUGGCUGCCGAAAGAAGACAUCAUUGCCUUUGCCCGCAACCAGCAACUGCACGAUAUUGCUCCAACGAAACGGAACAUCCUGCGUUGUGUGAUGAGCUUGUUUGACUCACAGGGUAUCCUGUCACACAUCACGAUCCAGGGACGGAUGAUCAUCCAGGACACCUGGCGCAAUCAAACCCAGUGGGACGACGAGGUCGCUGAAGCUAUCCGUUUGCGCUGGUUCCGGUGGAUAAAACUUUUCGAGGAGGUCGAUCAGAUGAGGCUCCACAGAUCAUACUUUCCUGGUUUCACUGCUGCAGAGGUCGGUCCUGUAGAGCUUCAUGUUUUCACGGAUGCCAGUGAGGAAGCGUUCGCCUGUGCAGCCUACUUUCGAGCCACUAUAAUGGGAAGGGUGCACGUUACGCUGGUGAUGGCCAAGGCGAAAGUAGCACCAUUGAAAUCAUUAUCGGUACCACGCCUGGAGUUGAUGGGCGCUCUGCUGGGAGCGAGGCUAGCUAAGGCGGUGAAGGAGUACCAUACUUUCUCGAUCGCUCGCCGUGUAAUGUGGACAGACUCAAAAACUACUUUGGCAUGGGUCCAAUCGCAACAUCGUCGCUACCGACAAUUCGUGGCGUUCCGUGUGGGAGAAAUUCUAAAUAAGACGGAAGCCACUGAAUGGAGAUACGUUCCCACACAACAUAAUCCGGCUGACGACGCUACCAAGUGGGGUAAAGGCCCCAGCGUGGACGUAACAUCUCGCUGGUUCCGUGGACCAGACUACAUAGACGGAUGA